AUUUUAGUUAGAGUAGUUAUUUACAAAUAUAAUAUGAGAGUUUUAGCACCUAUUGCUAAAGUACUUUCUGGACUUCUUAAUUACAUUGUAUCUCUCUUUUCCCGAAUAUUGUGUUUUGUAAAAAAGAGAAAGCAUUCUAACAGUUUUAAUCAAGAGCAAUGUGUCCCAACAUCAAUAAUGGUUGAUAAUGGCAAGAACAGCGUAGAAGUAAAUCUCACUGAUUGGAAUACUUGGGAAGAUGAAGAAAAACACAUUGACAUGAAUAAUGUGCAAGAAAUAGAUUUGUUUAGAGAUAUGCAGCCCGUCAUUAAUAAAGCAAAAGUUGUCGUUGUAAAAAAGAAAGUGAAACCACCUCCGAUGAUAAAUGAACUUAAUACUUAUCAAAUAGCAGAUAGUAGCAACUUUAAACCACAGUAUCAAGUUAAUUCAGAGCUUGGUUUAUGGGAAGAUGAGUCAAGUGCUUGGGGUGAUGAUUUGGAUGAUUCAGAAAUUUCUCAAGAAACCAAUAUUAUGCUUAAGCGAACUAAGCAGUUAGAGCGCGAGAAACGCUCUCAGGAACAACGUAGAAAAAAACUUGAAAAAGAACAAAUGAGAAAUGAGAAAAAGCCGGAAGGACAUAUUGGCGUAAAAUUAAGCUGAACUAAAGAAAUCGGUUUUAUUUAAUUUGCUAGGAAAAUUUCUUCGAUGAAGAAAAAACUAAUAGAAUUAAGACUUGGUCGGAAAAAAUCCGAAUUAAACAAGUUGAAUCUUGGUUUUAAAAGAGAUUUCGAAGAAAACAAGAGUUGGUUUACAACAAGUAAAAAAAAAAAUGGGUGAACAAGAUAUUUAUUUUUACAAAUUUUUUAUCAAAAUUUUUUUAACGUUUGCAAAUAUUAGUUAAAUAUCGAUUAUGUAUGAUUUAUUUGUUUUCCAAUUUUUUAUUACCUACUCUCUACCUAAUUGUAGGGAGAAGGAAAGCUCAAAUAGUUAGGGGGAGUAGAUAUAACAUUAAAAAUUCAUUGAUUGGGGUGUUGUAGUUGUUAGGGUGGGUGGAGAUACCUUUGAAUAAUCGUCGAAUGGGCGGGUGGUCAAUCGAUUUUUUUAAAAUUAAUUUAAUUCUUACUCAUUCAUCAUUUAAAAAGACACGUUUUAUUUCGUCAUUUUUUUAC